UUUUACCCUUCUAACCCAUUGUUAGCAAAUUCCGUAAAACACCUUCUCACACAGAGAACCCAAUCUCCGCCUCCGGCCACACUCUUAAUUUAUCGUCCUAGGGUUUUCAGUCGCCGGAAAAGAAAUUCGAUUUUCCGACGAAUCUAUCGAGGUGAUUGAGGAUUUGGAUGAGAAUACAAGAUGCCGCCAAAGCAAUCUAAAGCCGAUAUUGCAAAGAAGCAGAAGGUAGUUGAAGACAAGACGUUCGGUCUUAAGAAUAAGAACAAGUCGAAGAAUGUUCAGAAAUAUGUUCAGUCUUUACAGCAAAAUGUUGUGCCUAAAGCUGAUCCUAAGAAACUUGACGCCAAGAAAAAGAAGGAAGAAGAGAAAGCUAGAGAGAAAGAGCUUAGCGAAUUGUUCAAAGUCGCUAUUAGCCAACCUAAAGUGCCUCUAGGUGUUGAUCCAAAAUCUAUUUUAUGUGAGUUCUUUAAGGCGGGGCAAUGUGUUAAGGGUUUUAAGUGCAAGUUCUCUCACGAUCUGAAUGUUCAGCGAAAAGGAGAGAAGAUUGAUAUUUUCAGCGAUAAGCGUGAUGAAGAUGGAAAGGAAACAAUGGACGAUUGGGAUCAAGAGACACUGGAGAAGGUUGUGGCGUCAAAAAGUCAAGAGUAUAACAAGAACAAACCAACUGACAUUGUAUGUAAAUUCUUUUUGGAUGCUGUGGAGAAAAAGCAGUACGGUUGGUUCUGGGCCUGUCCAAAUGGUAAAGAAUGCCAUUACAGGCAUGCACUUCCUCCUGGAUAUAUUCUCAAGUCACAAAUGAAAGCCUUGUUACAAGAGGAAGCUGACAAGAUGCCUAUUGAAGAAGAAAUUGAUCAACAGCGUGCAAAAUUGACUGCUUCAACUCCCUUGACCACUGAAUUAUUUAUGGAAUGGAAAAAAAAGAAGACGGAAGAAAGAGAGGCCAAUUUGGCCAAACAGAGGGCAGAUAGAGCUAAGAAUGAUCGCAUGAGUGGUCGUGAGUUGUUCAUGUCGGAUGCUAGUUGGUUUGUGGAUGAUGUGGGGGCCUAUGACAAGUAUGAUAGGGAAGAAGAGUCUGCUGAACUCCCAAAGGAGAAUAAGGAUUCUGCUAGGGAAGAGGCAAGCUCCUCGACAUCAGCCCAGAAGAAUAUUCAUGAUGGUGGUGAGGCUUCACAUAAAGACCAAGUGGAUGACAUUUAUGACGACGACGAUGAUGAUGAUGACUUUGAUGUGGAUGAGUUAAAUGAACUGGAAGCUAGCCUUUCAAAAACAUCGUUACAAAUCAAUGAACCUGGUAGUCGCGCUUGAUCCUUGGGCCCAAAAUCUAUGCACAUGGUAUACACUUAUCAGUGCAUGCACUUUCAUGUCUACGUGAUGCAAAAUCAUGUUGGCGUGCAGCAGCAGAUAAAAUGGAAUGAAAUGUAAGCAUAUCCCUGUCGUGACGCCUUAAUAAUUGAUCCUCUAUUUUAUUAGGUUUUUACCCUUAUUUCUAAUGAGUUGUGACUUCUUUCUUUCCAGAAUUUUUGAUGAAUUUAACUUGUCUGGUUGUUUUGCUGUCACAUAAGAGAGCUAUCCUUUGUAUUUUACUACUACUACUAUGCUUUGAAGUGUGUUGCCUUCUCAUUGCCCUUUA